UUUAAACAUACGUCUAUUGUACAGCGUAACUGAGGUUUUUGUGAACAGAAUAUUAUCAUACGAUUCAAAAUGGCGGAAAAGGGGAGUGGAAAUAUGGGAAAUAACAGCUCUGGUGAUGCAGUUCCUGGACGAACAGAGCAGAUAUUAUGUCAGCCAUGUUCCAGUAAGGAUAAACAAACUGUAGCUGAUGUGUUUUGUUCAACUUGUGAUGAAUUUCAGUGCAUGGAUUGUUCAAACAUACACAAAACGUAUGCUUUCAUGAAAAACCACAAAUUAGUGAAAGCAAAAGAUAUUAAAGAGAAACCAGUCUCGUUUGAUAUGAAGGGAUUAGACCAAUGUGAUGAGCAUCAAAAAGUUUUGAAAUUCUUCUGUGAGGACGAGAAUCAGCUUUGCUGCAGUACCUGCGCUAUUGUGGAUCAUCGAAAAUGCCACAGUGUCGUAGAAAUACAGAAAAUUGCCGGAAGGUCUGCACCGACACGUUCCAAAUUAAAGGCCAGCUUGCAGGAUAUCAGAGAAAAAGCUGAAACUGUCGUUAAAUAUACCAAGUCAUCAAAAGAGCGACUGAAGCAAGAUGUUAAAGAAGUGUCUUUAAAAAUAAGACGAAUGCGGGAUAAUGUAAUGAAAAUGUUCGACGAUUUGGAAGUUUCCGUUGCUAAGGACGCUGAAUCAUUUAAGACAGAAACACUCGAGAAGCUGACAAAGAAGCAGUCUGACAAUGAGAAACAUAUUGCUGAUGCAACAAAAUCUCUGGAAACAAUUGAUAACGUUCAUCAGAACGGGACACCAUCACAACAGUUUAUAAUGGAACAGAGCAUGAAGAAACAAGUCGAUGAACUUAGCAGCAACGUUGACAAGGAAUGUCAAAGGUUAAAGACCGUGACCAUUUCCUUUGAUUUUGAUGAAACAUUGAAAUUGCCCCCACUUUCGAUUUCUGAUUACAUUCCGGGGCAACUGACAUUAAAAUACUCCGUACCGGAAGCUGUAAAACCUAUUACACCUGUUGAUCCGAUUGUUAAGUUAACGAAGGUUACUUCCAUUGAUCUGAAGCAGACUGGAGAUGAUGCAGAGGAACCGUUAUACUCAGGACUGGAUUUCCUGCCGGAUGGUAGACUGGUUACCGUGGAUAAUAAGAACAAGAAAUGUUUGAUUUACAAUGAGAAACUUGAGAAAGUAGGAUCAUAUCAGUUAUCGUAUCUUCCACAGAGUGUAGUUGCUGUUUCUGAGGAGGAAGUGGCGAUAACAUGUGGUAAUGGAUACAAGAUAGACUUUCUACGUGUCAGUAAAUCUAAUAAAUUAAUUUUGAUCAGGACAUGUAAAGUUAAGACAAAGUAUGAGUCUAUAUGUAUGAAAGAUGAGAGAUACUUUGUUGUUGGAACUCAAGAUGAUACAAGACCAGUUCGUAUUGUGUCUCUGUCAGGAGAAGAGAAAGAUUUCAGUAUCAACUUUCCUAACAAGAAAUAUCCUAGAGACACUGGUGGGUGCACAUAUAUUAGAAACAGUGACAAAGUGGUUCUCACCGAUAGGUACGAGCAUUCUAUCUACAUAUAUGACAUCAAGAACAAAACCAGAGUUGUUGUCAAGGACGACCAGAUCAAGGAACCACGUGGUGUAGCAGUGGGUCCAUCCGACUGCAUUCUGGUUUGCAGUGAAAAUACAAAUUCCAUUGUACAAAUCUCAUCAACAGGUCUGUUCCUAUCAUCGUACAAGUUAGAAAUGAAAUAUCCAUACAGGGUCUGUGUUUCCAAGAACAAAUCCAUUGUCGCUGUUACAAAUAGCGCGAAGAGUGAAAAAAAGUUGCAGUAUUUCAAAGUUACGUAUUAAAUUCAAUGGCAUAUUCUGAGAGAGAAAUUCAGUUUGAAAAGAAAACUAAAUUUGAAUUACAAAGUUUGUUAAAGAUUAUUAUAUAUUUCAUUGUAAUUGCAUUUUUAAAAUUCAUUUAAAAUGAACAUAAUAUAAAUGAUGUUUGUAUUGCAUCUUUGUCAAGAAAAGAGCAGGAUACUCAGUAUACAGUAAUUAACCCUUACCCUGCUAAAUUUCUAUAAUGAACUUGCCCAUCUUUCAAUUUUGACAGUACCAUUUACUGUUAAAUGGGUAGCUUUUCAAAAAGAUACAGACUGAAUGACAAACAGUGUAGACCAUGAUCAGACUGCAUGGAUAUGCAGGCUGAUCUUGGUCUGCACUGGUUACAAAGGCAGAAUCACUUGCCGCCAGCAGGCUAAUGCUUAAAUGAGGCCAAUUACAAUAAGUCUGUCUGUGAACUGCAUUUAAUUUAAUAAUAUUUUUGGUUAUUAUUUCCAUUCGUAUAUAACAAUUAUACAUCACUAAAGUAAGCAAAUGGGUCGGUUCAUACAAUACUAAGAUAAAUGUAAUAGGAAAGUUUCGUAAAAAAGUGUUUAGGAGUUUUGGAGUUUAUUCAAUGUAAUAGGGAAUAUUGGUAAAUAAUGCUCUGUGUGAACUGUUUACAAUGCAAUAGAAAACACAAUGUUGGAAAUAUAGUGCUUGUUUUAUGCCAUAGAAGACAUUGGAAAAAUAGUGUUUGUUUUACAUUCAAUUUGGUUUAAAUAGCGAGUCGCUUGAAGUGUAUUCAAUGAACAAUGUAAAUAAGUAGGAACUACUGAUUAUAUAGUGUCUUACGUGGUGUAUUCAAUGUCAUAGGAAACAUUGCUAAAACUUGUCUGACGUGAACUCUGUUUAUGCAGGUUUUCAAAUUUGAGUGAUUCAGCUAUUAGCGCAUAUGCACGAUAUACAUGUUUAUUAUAUACUUAUAUAAAUUAUGUCUAAAAUACAGCAAACUGUUAUAAUAA